GUUGCACAUUCAGAGAACCUAAAUUGUAUCAUUCAAAGUUUAACAUGAGCUCAGCUGUAACAAUCUAGGAUCCAUACGCCAUUUUGAUGGCACUUUAAUGUUUCUUAUUCUUUUUUGGUAGUACUACUACAUUAGAAUCGCCAGGAAACACCCAGAACUAUUUGUCUGCCUUUCUACAUUAAAGAGAAACGCGGUUGAUUUUGUUGGUAAAAGAUAAUCAAUUCCCUUGAAUCCCUUCCUUCUCGUCAUCGACAAUCCGUUAAAAACAAAAUCCCUCUCUUUCAUUCAUUCAUUUGUUAAAAAGCCGGCACUUACGGUUAACACCAAACUUCUUCUUCCUUUGCCAUGAUAACAACCACUAACUGCUAAAGCCACAGAGAGACAGAACCAAAAAAAAAAAAAAAAAACCCUAGAAUUUUAUUGUACCGGAAAUUGGAAUGGAGAUGGAGGCAAAUAAUAGGGUUAAUGUGUUGGAGGAGAAGAUUAAAGGACCAACCAAUCCAAUGGUUACACCUUUAUUGACAGAUCUUUAUCAGUUUACCAUGGCUUAUGCUUACUGGAAAGGUGGCAAACAUUUGGAACGAUCUGUGUUUGAUUUGUUUUUCAGAAGGAACCCUUUUGGUGGUGAAUACACUAUCUUUGCUGGUCUAGAGGAAUGCAUUCGUUUUAUAGCUAAUUUCAGAAUUGGGGAGGAGGAGAUUGCUUUCCUUCGUCAAUGCCUGCCCCCAACAUGCGAGGAUGCUUUUUUUGAUUACCUACGGGGGAUCGAUUGUUCUGAUGUUGAAGUAUAUGCUGUUGCUGAAGGAUCCGUUGUUUUUCCCAAGAUGCCAUUGAUGAGAAUUGAAGGACCAGUUGCUCUUGUUCAACUGCUGGAAACCCCAUUUGUGAAUCUUAUUAAUUAUGCAUCUUUGGUUGCUACAAAUGCUGCAAGACAUCGGUUUGUUGCAGGGAAAUCCAAAAUGCUACUUGAAUUUGGUCUUCGGCGAGCUCAGGGACCUGAUGGUGGAAUAAGUGCAUCAAAAUACUGUUACAUGGGUGGGUUUGAUGCAACGAGCAACGUUGCAGCUGGGAAGUUAUUUGGAAUACCACUUCGUGGAACACACUCUCAUGCCUUUGUUAGCUCAUUCAUGAGCGCUGAUGAAAUUGUAGAUAAAUCACUUUGUAGUUCCAACGGCGCCACUACUUGUGAAGAUUUCGUUGGUCUAGUUCAGUCAUGGCUUAACAAACUUCAGUAUACAGAGUCCUUGCGAGGAAGUUUUGGAGAGACUAAUCAAAGCGAGUUGGCAGCCUUUACCUCUUAUGCAUUGGCAUUCCCGAGUAACUUUCUUGCCCUUGUGGACACAUAUGAUGUCGUGAGGAGUGGGAUUCCCAACUUUUGUGCGGUUGCUUUAGCUCUUAAUGAUUUGGGGUACAAAGCGGGUGGGAUUAGGUUGGACUCCGGUGACCUAGCUUAUUUGUCUUGUGAGUCCCGCAAGUUCUUCUGUGCUGUUGAGAAGGAAUUUGGAGUCCCUGGUUUUGGGAAGAUUAACAUCACUGCUAGUAAUGACCUCAAUGAGGAAACUUUAGAUGCUUUAAACAAACAGGGACACGAGGUUGAUUCAUUUGGAAUUGGCACCUACCUAGUUACGUGCUAUGCUCAACCAGCUCUAGGUUGUGUUUUCAAAUUGGUGGAAAUAAAUAAACAACCUCGCAUCAAACUUUCUGAAGAUGUUUCAAAGGUUUCCAUUCCAUGUAAAAAGCGAUGUUUCAGAUUGUUCGGGAAAGAAGGUUACCCUUUGGUAGACAUAAUGACUGGGGUAAAUGAACCACCUCCAAAGGUAUCAGAACGAAUUUUGUGCCGUCAUCCUUUUAAUGAAUCUAAGAGAGCCUACGUGGUACCGCAGCAGGUUGAAGAGCUUUUGAAGUGUUACUGGAGCGGAGAUUCAGGUACGCCAAGAGAAGAGUUGCCACCAAUUCAGAAGAUCAGAGAGCGUUGCGUACAGCAGUUGGAUCAAAUGCGGCCUGAUCAUAUGAGGAGACUUAAUCCAACGCCUUAUAAGGUAAGUGUGAGUGCUAAACUAUAUGACUUCAUCCAUUUUCUGUGGCUCAACGAGGCACCUGUCGGGGAGUUGCAGUAGACAAUGGAUUGACAGUAGACAAGUUAUUAUAAGGAACACAGUAACAACAUCGUGAGCAAGCGAAUGGCAUUAACCAGGUGUCAGACAGUGGGGGCCUUGGGCACAGAAGACAUGAAGCAUUGCUUGGAUGCCGGAAACAUCAAGGCCCCCAAUUAUUUUUGGUUCAAUCUUAAAUUAUUUAUUUUUUACUUCAUUGUGUAGAUCACCUUAUAAUAAUCACUGUUUUGGAUCAUCUGAUCCUUGUAUACAGAUGACUGAUACACUUGUUCAUAUACUUAUUCUAUAUGAAAAAUGAAAAAGGCCGUCUUGUUCAAAACCUCAA